CGAGUUGUGAAAAUGAUUGCUGUCGCAAAUCCAAACGAGCUGACCAACAUGUCAUAGUUUGGGGGGAUUGGAGUGACUGCAGCGCUACCUGUGGGACGGGAUCACAAGUAAGGCAUUGUCACCACUGCUCCCAUAUACACAGCCAUUCAGAGACCCGCACCUGUAGUAUGCCAGCCUGUUCAGUCUGGAGUGACUGGGGAACCUGUAGUGUAACCUGCGGAUAUGGUACUCAACCACGGCACUGUUUACAACACUGUACAAAUGUACAGCACGUGGCAGAAACCAGGAAAUGUCACCACGGACAGUGUCCCCACUGGACAGACUGGGGAGGCUGUAGUGUAACAUGUGGGAAAGGCACCCAAAGUCGCCACUGUCGGAACUAUUGUCCUGACCAUCAUCGCGCAACAGAAACCAGACCAUGUAACCACGGAGCAUGCGCAGUGUGGUCCGAGUGGGGAGAUUGUAGUGUAACCUGUGGCAGUGGUCACAUGAGGCGACAUUGUGUUAGUAACUGUCAGGGUGUCCAUGCCAAUGGAGUACUAGCAUGCAACUAUGGUCCGUGUCCAAGUGUAAUACAAGGAUCCGCCCAUGUCUGUGAUAAGAUGGCGAUACUCCACUCUCUCGCUGAGAUAAACACAACUUCUGUCACUCACUGUCCAGAUAGUUGGGCGUCAAAAACCGAGCACUUCCUAUUGGCAAACUGUCCCGGAAUACCUACAGAUCCAAGCCUGUGGCAUAAGGGAAUAUCGGUAGCGAUGGAGUGUAACACAACUCGACAGAUACCUCCCUAUACACCAGUAGGGACCUUUUGGAACGACACCUACCAACAGGAUCGUUUACACGAAGGAUACAGCGGUGUUUUCAUAGCAUGUACACAACAUGGAUUUAAGAUGGCCACCCUAGCGUGUUCUGGAGUACCAACUGUUAUAGACAUCCCGUACAUUACCGGGACACACCUUACAGACGACUCAAAACACCCCAACCUUCCAAGCCGAUAUUUUACUGUCAGAUGGUAGAACGAUAAAAAAUACCUUAAACGACAUAAAAACCCAACUGAGUUGAUACGUUUUACAUUGUAAUAACGCGGAAUCUUAAUUGUAAUAAAGCCCUUA